UCGACGGCUGCUGCUGUUUGCCCGAGAAGGAGGUUGCAGCUGCUGUUGCUGCUGGUGGUGGUGUGCACUACAGGGACGGUGCUACUGCUGAUUGGUGUUUGAUGGGAAGGAGGGUGCUGAGCUGGGACUGCACUGAAUAGCUGUUUGCUGUGUUGCUGUGCGUGUGUGUGCAUUGAUACCGGGAGCUGGGUGCUGCUGCUAGAGGAGAAGGUGCUGGUGGUGGUCUGUUCCUGGAGCUGCUGUUGUGCUGUUAGUGGAGCUGUUGUUGUGCUGUUCCUGCUGUUGUGCAUCUGAGUUGCUGUUUUGCUGCUGUGUGUUGGUUCUGCUGUGGAGAAGUGAGGCUGUGGUGCUGCUGGAACACCAAAGAUGGCUGAACCAAAUGCUCUCGCUGCUGCUUUCGAGAAGCUCGCUAAGAUCCUCGCGGAGUCCAACUCCAACUCUGGGGCCAUCGUUCCUCGACAGGAAGUGGCUCAGAAGCUCGAAAUGUCACCCCUGGACAUGAAGCUAGAGGGGGCCACAAAUUAUUUGAGCUGGUCUAGAAGGGCAUUGCUGGCUGUGGAACAGAAGGAACUUGAUGGGCACUUAUUGGGUGCGGUUGAUGAACCCGGAGACAAGACUACCGCGGAGGAAAAGCGGUGGAAGGUCAUAAACUCUGUGCUUGUUGGCUGGUUGUUCAACUCAGUGGUGCCCUCCAUUAGUCGCUUUGUGGAGGGACUAUCCACGUCCGCCGAGAUAUGGAAGACUCUAUCCACCCAAUACUCAGGCAAGGGUAAUUUCAUGCUAAUUGCUCAGAUUGAGGGGAAGAUCAGUCGGCUGCGCCAAGGCGAUGACAUGUCAGUGAUGGCAUAUGUGGCAGAGCUGCAGGCUUUGUGGGCGGAGCAGGAUAACUGUGAUCCUCUAGAACUCUAUGAUGCGGCGUGCAUCGAGUCAGGGCGCAAGUGGAUUGCACGCAGGCGUGUGCUGGAACUGUUGGAAGGCCUCAGAGGUUGCUUUCAUGGCAGGGGGGCUUCCCUGUUGCACCAACCUCUCCUGCCAACUAUUGAGGAGACUAUUGCAGCAAUGUCUCAAGAGGAGGUGAGGCUAUCUCUUGAGCAUGCAAACGUGAAGUUUGUGCCGGCUUCGACAUUUGCAGUCACUGAGCGCAUGGAGUGGGGAGAUCCCAACAAAUGUCAUAUUUGUGGGGAGGUAGGUCAUUGGAAGAGGGAAUGUCCAACUCGUGGUAGAGGCAGGGGAUACAACAGAGGGGGAACUGGCAGAGGCAGGUAUGCUCGAGGCAGAGGUGGAUACCCAUGGAACUCAGGGGGUCAACUUUCUAGGGGCAGAGGUGGCUACUCAGGAAACUCAGGAGGGCAGAGGGCGCAUAUGGUAGUUGAAGAGUGUCGUGGGUAUAAGCCUGACAGUAGAUGUGUAGGGUACGAAUGAGAUGGGCAGAGUCCUAGCUACGGCGAGGUUGUAUGAGUUCAGGCCCCUCUGCGGUGGAGGUAACAGCCCUACGUCUCAGUGCUCUCGGAGCUUGUUACCGAGUGUGAUAUGGAGUACAAAGAUUUGCUAACCCCUUUACCAGUGGGGGAGGGCGGCUUAUAUAGAGUGCGCUGCCCUCCACAACGGUUCUGAUUCAAGGGUGGAGUAGUGGCGAUUGAAUGCAUAUGUUAUAGAAAACUUGUGAAAUGGGAACUGCUUGUGAAGCCUUGAGAGCGGAGAGGAACCAGUAUGCUGGUGAACUGGAAGCUGCAAUGCUCGCCAUGGCCGGCAUGAAGGACGCGCUGGAAGUUCGAGAGAAGUCCUUGGAGGAGGCGCUGGAGGCAAACAGGGUGUUGGUGGCGGAGGUGGAGAGACUGAAGAAACAGAGGACUGAACUGCACAAUCAAAUGGCUGUUCGGAACAAACGAUGGACAGCUCAGGAGAAGUAUGUCAACGACUGGGCUGUCCAGAUGAUGACUCGUCUGGCUGAUUUUUGUGGUGACGCCGAAGCUGAAGCGGCGGCUGUGGAGCGGUCCAUGAAGGACAAUGUGCCACUCGGCGAGGACGCCAACCGGGAUCUGCUCCGGGCGCAUAUCCGCGUAGGCAAAGUGGGUCCUUUCAUUAGCCGACUGAGAGAAGUCAUCGGCCGCAUUGAGAAGGAGCUUUGGCCGGAAGACGAGUCGCGGCAGGAGAUGGAGACUCUGUUGGGGCGACUGGAGGAGAUUCCGGACCGAGUGCAAUCCUGGAAGAAAUCGGCAGCGCGUUGCGGUGCUGACGUUGCGCUGUCCUUGGUCCGAGUCCAUUGCAAGGAGGUGCGGGAAGAUAAGCUGAAAGCAUUGAAGGUCGCCAACACGAAGAAGCUUCAAUUCGAAGACUUCAUGGAGACGUUCCUUGAGACUGCUACCCGCAUCGCUGAUGGAAUCGACUUGGACACUUUUGUGGAGCCCUCCAGUCCUGACGCCGGCCCAGCUGACGCGUGAUCAAACUUUAUCCUCGGUAUGCCGAGUGUUUACCUGUAAGAUAUUGUGGCCACUUCUGUUGGCCGUCAUACUUUUAAAUCGGUGCGGGUAAUCUUGACCCGCACUGAGUCAGCUAUCGUUUAUGAACUUAUGUUGUCGG